CUCCACCUCCUCCUCCUCCAUGCACCUCCCCCCCAGCCUUCACCCAUCCCAAAGACUGAUUAGCGCGGCAUCCUUGCGCUGACACGUCACGUAAUUUCUGGAGCUCUGUGUGUGUGUUUGUGUGUCCUCACUCAGGAAUGUGAAGCUCUGCUCGUUCUUAACGGUCGAAAAGAAGAUUUUUCUCCCCUUGUGUGAUCGUGAAAUCUCUCCGAUGUGGGAGAGAGACCAUCUCUAACCUGUCAGUAGAAGGAGGCGCUUCGAGGAACUCAGUUAGUAAGGAGCGCAGGAUUUCUCCUCCAGUGGAGGAUUUUUUUUUAUUUUUUUUUUACAGGUAAACGGGACUACGUUUGAUUCAGAGGGAGAACAGACGGCCAGGCGGGCGCUGACGGUUUGGGUUCGACAGAUUCGCACUGUGAGACCGGAGGUGAGUUUAAAGACGGUUGCACUGCUGGAACGCACAGCGGGAAUCGCGCACUUUUCCAGAGACGCGCGGGAUCACCACCCGGUGCGUGCCACCUGUGCAGCUCAUGCGCAGACAGCAGCCAAACCACGCAUAUGUGCGCGCACAGCGGGUGAUUUCAUAAGAGGGAAAACACAAGACUCUUCCCCGGAAGGUUCUGCAGACAGCAAUAACUCUGAGAGACGCAAUACUGAGUCUUCCAAAGCCAAAGAGAGGCGCGCGCUUCCCACUGCUUCCAUUUGGCCCAGCCGAGCUCCACUCCUCCGUUUUUAAACUCAGGUUGUACACGAGGACAAAGUCAGCUCGGUGUUUCUUGUGGAUUCAUGAAUGCAACAUUUUGAAAGACUCUCGAACUGCACAGUCAUCGCCAGCUCUCACAAACUUCACGUCUUCCAUUUCCAGCACAGUUUCCAUCAUCCCCCACCAGCUGAGCUUCAAACACCGGGCUUCCAUUAGCUCUUACAUUGUCUGGUGCAUGCAGUGUCAAUAAGGAGACCUGAGGGUGUGCCACGGAAUAUAAAUAGUUGAACAAAGAGGCCGAAACCUGAGUCCUGGUCUGAUUCUUCCCUCUGGUAACUCUAGAUGCUCAAACACUGAGAGGCGCACGAACAAACUGCUGCUGAUGUGAGCUUUUUCCUGUUGUUGAACAAGGAGCAGAGCAAGAGGAGGACCCACCCACACCACCCACCCCUCAGAUAAACAGGAGGCGACUUUUAGUCACAGUUGGGACGUCUUUGGUGUUUAUGCUCUGAGGGUUUCCAGAUCUGUCCUGUCUGUGUAUGUGUGUGUGUCUGUGUGUGCACUGUUGAGAGACGCCACCACCCCUCUGUCCUCUGUCAGGAUGUCCGCGGUGAAGGAGCUGCUGCUGCUGUCUCUGGUCCUCCUGGCACUUGAAGCUCCGCUGUGCCACGGGGCCUGCGUGGAAGUGGACUCGGACACAGAGGCUGUUAUCCACGAGGGCUUCAAGCUGGGCUGCAUCUACUGUAAGAUGAGAGGCGAGGUGGAUGCCACGGCCACCGUCAACUGGUCCUUCAAAGGUUCAGGCGACAGCGACUUCUCAGACUUGUACUUGUAUGAUGGUGUAGGGGGCAAGAUCAUUGACCCACGUUUCUACGAGCGUCUGCACUGGAACGGCAGCAAGCAUACCAGGGACCUGCAGGAUGGCUCCAUCUACAUCCUCAAUGUGACCUACAAUGACACUGGAACCUACAAAUGCGAAUUUAGCCGGCUCCUGAAAUACAGCAACUAUGACUACCAAACGGCCAUCGAGAAGAACAUCACCAUUAAUGUGGUUGCACGGCUUACCCGGGGAAUGGCGUCCAUCUUGUCUGAGGUGAUGAUGUACGUCUCCAUCAUCGGGCUGCAGUUCUGGCUCUUGGUUGAGAUGAUUUACUGCUACAGGAAGAUCUCGGCAGCAGGGGAGGAAGCUCUGAGAGAGAGCGCGGAGGAGUAUUUAGCUAUAGCAUCGGAAAGUAAAGAUAAUUGUGCAGGUGCACAAGUGGCAGAAUAGCACGGUUCGGGGAAACGUUCAAGGCGGCUUCUUUGAGGAGUUGCUCGUCCUCUUGUGUGCCCUCUCCUCCUCUCAACAUCCUCUCCACAAGCUGGAAACAUGGAACCACAGCGAGGAGAAAGAUCUUCAUGGAAAGUUUUUUUUUUUCUAAAGUGACUUUCUGCAGCGGGAUGAAGGACGAACUUUCAGAGGGAACGCACGGAUGCAUCAGGUCUUUGUUAAGCUGGACAGAGGGAGGGGGUCAUGCUGUAUAUAAGUCUGCACAGAACACACGUAGGGUCUAUUAUACGCUAUGUAUUCACUAACUGCAUGAUUACAAGCUUAUCAAGAAAUACUUCAUCACUCUCCAUGUGCUGGUGCCGGUGAGCGUUAAAAUCACUGGUUUCCUCUGCAGGUUCACUAAACUGUGGAGCCAAAUAAAAACUAUUUAUCAUCCUUAUCUAUAUAACCAUGAUAAUCAGUUUAUACCACAAAAUAAUGUAAAAUACAAAUAUAAGUGCAGGUCUAUCUUACGUGCAGCUCGCUGUUCAUCAGCCGGAUAAAAUGUCCAAACACCUUUUUAACCUGCAGGACGUGGAGCAGCUUCUAACAGAGAUGAUUUUGUGACGGUUCUGAAAGUUUCCGAGCACAUGAAACACGACAGCUUCACCUUUACACGCAGCAGAAAGGUGCUGCUAAAUCUUUAUUUCACCAUGCAAAUGUUACCUUACAUUUGCAUGGUGAAAGAUGCACUCACAGGUUACAGUGGACAUGUUCUGCUUUUCCUUAUUCUCCGUCAUACAUACAUUCCUACGAUGGCGUUCAAACCCCGAACGUUCAGCCCCAGAAGCUUCCAGGUGAAGCUGUCAUCCUCCUCCUCAGAGGCCAAAUCCUGUUUUUGUGUCAGGCUGUCAAAAUGUUUAUUUCUGCUGUAAAGUUUACUGUAGAGUCUAUGGGACCGCCUCACUGCUGGAGGUACGCUCUGGUGGACAUUAGGGGAACUGCAGCUUCUGCAGCUCUUUGCCCUGUGCUGUGGUGGUGCUAGUUACUGCUGCAGACUUUUUGUUUUGGUGGAAGAUUUUGGGAUUGGGUUCUAGCACCAGCACUGCACUGGUGAACAAAAGGCAUGCAAAGCUAUUCCAUUUCAGACCAGCAAUAUAAACGGAGCAGGAAUGAGCAGAAUACGUCUACUGCAGCAAGUUUUUAAGGUUUGAUAUCAGAUCCUGUUUUAUCUCAUGUACGUCAGGUUAAAAAAGCCUGGUAGGCCUUUUCAGCAGAUCACCGCCUGUUUAAACUGGCUGUUUGACACAAGGAGGCUCGCUGCUCAUUUAAACUUAUCCUUCAAAGUUGUUUACAAGCCUCAGUGCUGAAAAAAAAGUGACUUCCUGUCACAGAUUAGAAGCUGAUGCCCCCGAGAAAGUGUAACGCUCAGCAGCUGAAAGUUUCCCACUGAUGUUUAACUUCACACCAAUGUCUUAGUGUCUUUGUAGAAAACUUAAGGGCUCAAUAAGCUAUUAUAAAACUGCCGUGGGCAAAUGCACCACAAACCGUGCCCAGUGUGCCUCCUGGAGAGAAGCCAGUGGAAACACAAAAGGGAAAAAGGUGAAAGCUGAAGCCUUGGCUUUUAAGAAAAACAUGUUUCCAGAUAGCCACUAGAUGGCAGCUCAACACUGCCAGUCUGCAUGUUUACUGCUCGUCUAUUGUACAAAAGUACGUUUCAUACUUUGAGAGUUUAAGAAGGAGACACACGUACCUGCAUGCUGCGUGUUGGAAUAAUGCAAAGGCGGAAAUGUGACGUUUUCUUUUCAGAACAAACACCAAAAGUUUGAGAUGCUAAAAAGGAACAAAUAAGCAUCCGUGCACUUCUUUCUAAGCGAUGUACUUUGUGCUUUGAAUACAUUUUCUUGCACAAAUGAAGGAACCGGCAAAACAAGAAGAAACCCUCCCCGCUGCACUGCUUGUGCUUCAGCAAAUCAAAAUCUGCAGUUUUAGGUGUGGAAAUGUUGCUUAGUGGAAACAAAAUGAAAUAAAGAAACACUGAAAUAAAUCAAACUUCUGACACAAUAA